AUGUGGCCCGUCUGGUUUUCAGACGCCCGCCUGGCGCUGUGGCUGCUGCUGAUACUGUGCCUGGCUCGUACCAGGUUUGCUGUACCACUGCCGCUGGUCCUCUUCCAUUUUGCCAUUUGUGUGGCGGCAGUCAGCUGCAGUGUUGCCUUUUACAUUCACACCACUCGGACAGUUUUCAAUCGCCGACCUCCAUGGGCCUUCAUGCCCUUCUGGAGUCACUUCAUGAUGACUCGACCCCUGGAGGUGCUCUGGCGGUUCCUGACGGUGCCCUUUCGAGUGCAUCCAGAUUUUCUGAUCCUGGGCGAGGUACGCACCGGCACCACGUCGGCCGCAGCUUAUUUGAGGGCCCUGGGCUGUGUGGGCGCCUUCAGUCCAUGGAUCCAUCCCUUGGCCUCGGAUAAGGAGUCCUUCUACUUCGCCGGUCACUACUGGGGGAUGGUACAUCCUGGAGCUUAUCGAAUGUCUUUCCCACUGAAGAUCUCUAUGUGGUGGCGAGAGUUCUGGUACAAGGAGCGGCCCUUGGUCUUCGAUGCAUGUGCUUCGCACCUCUCGGCCCCCUGGGCUGCGCCUCUGAUGUGGAACGCCUGCCCAAAGGCGGCACUGAUGGUCAUUGUUCGUCCACCAGAGUUGCAGCACAAGUCGUGGUGGAGAUUGGAAAGUAAUGCGAUUGCUUGGGGAACGGGCAUGGGCAUGGGAGAAGACUUCCUAAUGGAAGGUUAUCCUCCAAAGACCUUGCCCGAUGCGGUUGCUUGGUCGCGCACUGAAAAGGUCAAGGAGCUCUACCGCCAGGGAGAGGAAGCCGUCCACCAGGUGAUGAAGAGCGGUGAAGGUUGCUGGGCUGCUUUCACUUCACAUCGCUUGGCAGAAGAGCUCCUACCCUUUCCAGGAGGCCAACUCUCGGCCUUUGAUCGUAUGGGGAACUAUGCCCAGAACAUCCAGAGGUAUUUGCGCUUUUGGAAACGAGACAGGUUGGUGAUUGUACAGACGGAGGACCUGCACGAGUGCCGCAUUGUUUCGGUCAUUCAGCGCCUGGCAGAGAUCCUCCCAGAGCUGAAGGAGAUGCAGGUGGAGCAGCAGCGGCAUCAGCGGCAUCGACUGCAGCUGCUCCUUGGAGAGAAUGAGGGAAGCCGUCGCAUGGUAGGGGCAGCCAUCAUGCAGGAAGGUUUGCAGGUCUUCCCAAAGUUUCAAGUGACCUGCACUUCUGGAUCCGUUCCCAGGUUGCAGCCUUCAGUUGAUUGCAUGGCCAUCAUGCGCAACCGCUGGGCGCGCACAUCUCCAGGCCUUCAGGGAUCAAGAUGGGAAGGAUACCGGGUAUCCGACCAAGAGACAGGUGACGGUCCGGUUGCGUCCUCGGUGAUUCUCUGGCUCCGCAACGAGCUCCGGCUCCACGACAAUCCCCUGCUGCAACAGGGCCUGGAACGAGUGGCACAGGGAGCUCAGAGCCUGCAGCUGGUGGUGUGCUUGGAUCCAGCGGAGUACAGCAGUCGGACCAGCUUUGGCAGCCCCAAGGUUGGGGAGCUGCGCAAGCGCUUUCUGCAGGAGUCCUUGCUGGAUCUGCAGAAGAGCGUAGCAGCCCGAGGCUCGCGGCUGCUGGUGCGCUGCCAGGCUCCCGAGGAGUUGCUGCCCAGCUUGGCGCGCGAAAACUCGGUGGUCUUGGUGACGGGACAAGUCUGCUCUGAGGAGCGUGCUGCGGAGCGGCGCGUAAGCAAAGCCUUGCAGCAAGUGCCUGGUGCACGGCUGGAAGUCGUUCCUGCAGCAGGUAUCACAGAUUUGGUUGGGCCACCAGAACUUGCAAGAGUGGGUGUGCCAAGUGCAGCCAGCUUCCCUGUGAACUUCCAGCAUUUCUUUCAACCUUUGCGACCUUACUUGCUGGAAAUCUGUGAUGAAGGUCUCAGUGAAGCACCGUCGCGCUUGCCGCCGCCCUUAGUGGAAGAUCUGGAAAAUGACAUGCAGCUGACCGAAGCGCAAAGCAGCACGGACAUCAGAGGUGGGGAGACUGCUGGUUGGCAGCGGAUGAAUGUCUGGCUUGAUGCUGGCUUGCACAGCUACAAGCACACCUUUCGACGACUGAAAGGCGACUACUCUUCGCGCUUGUCGCCGCACUUGGCGUACGGCUGUAUCUCACCAAGACGUUUGGUGAAGGAGGCUUUGCUUCGGAGCACCAGGCCUUCACCUCAUGUGGACCAUUUUGUCUACGAGAUGUGUUGGCGGGACUUCUUUCGACACACCUCAGCCCUCUGGGGGAAUCAGAUCUUCCGCGUCGAAGGUCCUGGUGGAGGAUCCGGCCAGUGGCGUCGCGACCCAGUGGCUGAGAGGAGAUGGAAAGAGGGUUCCACUGGGGUACCUUUGGUCGAUGCCGCAAUGCGAGAGUUGCUGGCAACUGGCUACAUGGGCAACCUUGCAAGGCAGUUCGUUGCAGCUUUUCUGAUCGAGGAUCUGCAGAUCGACUGGCGCGUGGGCGCAGAUUGGUUUGAGGCCACACUGGUGGACUACGAUGUACACAGCAACUGGGGCCAGUGGGCUCGCUCGGCAGGUGUGGUCCCCACCACCGAUGCCAAGCGGAACCGCGUGGGCGGCACCCGAUACUACGACUUGGCAUUGCAGCAUUGGCUCCCCGAGUUGAAAGAGGUCACAGAUGAGGAGCUGUUUGCUCCUUGGAUGGCUGGGAAAGCGCUUCCAGGCUAUGCCACACCGUUGGUGUCCUCUAAGUUGAAGCACUAUUUUGAAUCCGUGGGUACCAGGAUGAGGCCGGUGCCAAUGCGCCAAUGCCAGACAUCGAUUUUCGCUGAAAACUGGGCAGAGCUGAUGUGCCGUAGGAGAAACACAUUGCAAGCAGAGAAGGUAUUGCGUAGCUCACCAACUGAAGAUGUGGUUUCUCCUUGUGGGCAAGCUCCUUUGGCAUAUACCUUUGCAACUUCAAAGCUCAACGGGUCAAUGCCGGCUGCAGUGGAGCCCUCGGCCGAGGAAUUGGCUGAGAUUGCAGAACACUAUGGCGAGGACUUCGCUGGCUUGUUGAAGCAGCGGAUCUGUGAGGUGAAGGGCGUGCCCAGCCACCGACAGAAGUUAUUGUUGCCUGGAAAGUCUGAAUUGACAGAGGGCUGCUCAUGGAAAUCGCUGGGCAACCCUUUGGAGGUCUCAAUGGAGAUUCAACCAGAUGAUCAUGCUGAGGAACUGGUGUAUGCAUGUGAACACAAAAGAGAAAAAGAUGUUCAGCGCCUUCUACGUGAAGGAAGGAAUCCAAAUGCCAAAGGCAAAGGACAGCAAAGGCCGUUGGACGUGGCCAUUCGCAGUCGCCACCUGGGCAUUGUGCGGGCACUGCUGGAGGGCAAAGCACACCUCACGCCAGACGCCUUGCACCUGACCGCAGACCAUCAGAGCGCCGAGGUCCUUCGGGUCUUGAUUGCUGCCCGAGCACCGCUGGAUUCAUUGAGGAAGGGCGACUCACCUUUCGAUGGCAUGACUGCUUUGCAACAGGCUUGCAUACACGGCUCCACCGAGGUGGUGCAACUCUUGCUGUCAGCCAGAGCGAAUGUAAAAGCACAGAGCACCGGUGGGGAGACAGCCUUGCACCUUGCCACCAACUACGACAUCGCCAUGGCGUUGUUCAAUGCCAAAGCAGAUGCAGGCAUCUUAGACAAGUCGGGUGCUAAAGCCUUGUACCGCGCAGCCGAGAAUGGCUUGGAUUCAGUGACCAGGGCCUUUUUUGAUGCAGGAGUUAUCCCGAAAGAGGACUGGGAGAGUACCAACAAGCUGAUGCGAAUAGUCCACGCACAACCUCCCUGUUCCUGUGAAGACAAGAAGCUGCGCUUUGCAGUUUGGGAGGUUGGACAUGCCAUCGAUGAGUACAUUGCAGAAGGUGCAAAUCCAAAUCAAGCAAACAUUUUUGGAUUCACGCCAUUGCACUUGGCAGCAUGGAGGAACAAUUUGGAAGGUGUCCGCGGGCUCUUGAGAUGCAAAGCACAUCCGGAUCCUACAGCUUCAGAUGAAGAAGCUGUGACUCCAAUGCACCUUGCAGCUGAAAAUUCCGGGGUCGACGUCGUGCUGCAUCUCGUGGAAGCUUCUGCAGACAUCAACAGAAAAUGUGGCAUGAACCAACAAAGUGCAUUACAUGCGGCGUCUUUGCUGGGCGACGUGGACAUGGUUCGGGGUCUGAUUCUCAGCAGUGCUGCCUUGGAUGAAUGCGAUGCAGAUGGAGAGACCCCAUUGCACUUGGCUGCGUUUGCGGGUCAGAGUAAAACAGCGCAACUUUUGCUCGUUGCCAAUGCUUCAGUUGGGCAGCAUGAUGGAAGUGGUAACACACCAUUUCAUUUGGCUGCUUCGAAUGGACACAUGGGUGUGGUGAAAUCUUUCCUGAUGGCUUUUGCUCCUUUGGAUCAGCAAGAUCAUUCGGAUGGGAACCUGACCUUGCAUUUAGCUGCCCGAGCAGGGCACCUCGAAGUGGUGAGGAGUUUAGUUGAAGCGAUGGCCUCUGUCCAUGCCCAGAACAAGUCUGGAAACUCUCCGCUCCACUUGGCAUCCGCUUAUGCUCGCGUUGAAGUUAUGCAUUUUUUGCUUCAAGCACGUGCGCACGUGAACUGUCCGAAUUUCCGUGGUGAAACGCCUUUCAACUUGGCGCUGCAGGAUGGUUUGAAUGAGGUUGCUCAAAUAUUACGUGAAGCAGGCGACACCUGUGCAGAGUACGCGAGGCCUCGUGGCCGGAACUUUGCGUUACAUGCAGCAAAAGAAGGCCUUUGCAAAAGGAAUGCAAUUUGGUGCAUUUUGGGUUGGGCCAAAAGAAAUUACCUCCAACAAAACCACAUGUAG